GCAGGAAUAAGAGAUACUAGACUCAAGCAGUCAAGCUAGCAAAGAACCAAUUUGCAAAGUGAAGAGACUUUAACACGUACUUUUCACAAGCUGGUAUCUUCUUUCUUGUCACUCAAUCUCUUGAAUCCCUCCUUUGCAAAGCAGAGAAAAUGGAUCCGGUGGUAUCGGCAUUGCUCUCUGGCGUAUUUCAAGUGCUGUUUGACCGGCUAGCUUCUCGCCAGCUCAUAAGCUUCUUCCGACGCGAUCAGAAACUCCCGGAAAAUUUAAGGACAGUUCUGCUGACUGUUCAUGCAGUGCUCAUAGAUGCAGAGGAGCAGCAGAUUACGAAUCUGGGGGUGAAACAGUGGAUCAAGAAGCUCGAAGAUGUUGUCUACCGAGCUGAAGAUCUGUUGGACAAGAUCGACACUUGGCAACGCAAAUCAGAAGCUGAAGCGAAGGUCAAGGGAAAAUCAAAGGUCAAUGGAAAUGAGGUAAGAAGCAAAAAAAUAGAAUCUAAGCUCACAAAGAUAAUAGAAGAACUAGAGUUUUUAGUGAAACAGAGAGAUGGCCUCAAUCUUAAGCUAAGUGUGAAACCACCAUCCAUGUCGCCCACAACUUCUUUGGUAGAUGAAUCUGAGGCGUUUGGUAGAAAUAAUGAUAAAGAGAAGCUAAUAAGAGUAUUGCUUACUGCUGAUGCACCAGAAAAUAGAAUCCCCGUGAUUGCAAUAGUAGGGAUUGGUGGGGUUGGGAAGACCACCCUCGCUCAGCUUUUGUAUAAUGACUCUGAGGUGAAGGGUAGAUUUCACUUGAGGGCAUGGGCUUAUGUCUCAGAAGAAUUUGAUGUUUUUAAGGUUACUAGAACCAUUUACGAGUCAGUCACUCAAAGGAAUUGUAAUAUCAGAGAUCUCAAUCUUCUUCAAAUUAAACCACAGAAGAGACUAGAGGGAAAUAGAUUCUUGCUUAUAUUAGAUAACAUUUGGAAUGAGAAAUUUAUGGAUUGGGAUUUGUUGUCAAAACCCUUAAAAAAUGGAGCUUCUGGAGGUAGAAUUGUUGUGACAACUCGUAACCAACAUGUUGCAGCACUGAUGGGUGCAUUUUUUACAUAUCCUCUUGCACAUUUGUCUGAUGAUGCCUGCUGGUCAUUAUUUGCAAAACAUGCAUUUUGGAGUAGCAACUAUGAAGGACCCUUCAGAGAAAUCGGUGAAAAAAUUGCGAAAAAGUGCAAGGGUCUGCCUUUAGCUGCAAAAACAUUAGGUGGCCUCUUGCAGUCAAAAGAAGAGAAAGAGGAAUGGCUUCGGAUAUUGAAUAGUGUAAGGAUUGUUAGUAGUGUAGAGACUCUUAACAAGAGGCUUGGAUUAAACAUUACCGAGCAUGACAUCAACUACAUAUAUAGUUUUCAAGAUAGUAAAAUAUCUAGGUUUUACUUUAAGAUCUGGAACGGGGAGGUGAGGCUCAUUUCUGGCCUUCCGGAUUCCGACAAGGAAACAGAAGGAGACUACUUGAUCAUCUCGGGGAACUGCGACCCCGGCGAAAUCCAGUGCCCCACAAGUGCGGGCAAAGCAGAGGAUCAAGUGUUCAAGAAGAAGAGGCAACUGAUUAACUCCACGAAUUUGAAUAGAUUGUUGAGAUCUCCAAUCUAUCCUCAUCCCGAUGUUAAUGCGGUAACUACCGCCCCAACCCGUGAAACUAGAUCUAGGCAUAAGCAACCAAGAGGAUCAAGCUCUGAGCAGCCCUUAACAAUCCUUGAUUUCGAGAACUCCCCUCCCAACUUGGGUGACACCCAUGUUGAUGCCAUGGGUGCUCCAGCCUAUAUAAAGGCUUUUAUGGUGGAUGGGGAAGCUCUUCCUGCCACGAACAGAGGCUACCAAUGUUCCAUGGUAAUUGAGGAGAGGUUCCUGGCUGCUAAGGCUAAGGCUAAAGAGCUACACAAUGACAAUGAGGACCUCCUGAAGAAGAUCUCGGAUGUGAUGAACAAGGUUUUUGAAUUUGAAAAGCUUAAAGUUGAGGUCGAGGAGAACACCAAGGCCAUUACUGAGUGGAAGGAGGCUCUAGAGAAGGAACUUUAG